AUGGAAACGCAUCUAGAGUCAUGUUGGAACAGGAAAGUGUAAUCCGCAAACGGGUUCCACGCAAAAAAAAACCCUCCAACCAAACAACAUAAUGGUCUCCGCCCACCUAACUUUACACUGGGCACAAUGCCGUCACCAAGCAAGGUUUAUCUGGCAACCGGCAGACUCAUCCAUCAAAUUUAGCCAGAUAGUGGAGCGCGAUUUAUCAUACCAGGGAAUAUGUCUUCAUGCUUCACGCCAUUAUAUUGGACACUUUGUACUGGACUUGGCAGUGUAAUGCUUGGAUGGUCGAGGAAACCUAUUCCACGGAUCUCUCUAGACUUCUGUCCCCUUCAGUGUUCUGUUGUUUUAGGUGGCCUACCACUCAGUGGCUGAGUUGCUGCUGUUUGCAGAGGCAGUCUGCAAACCUACGUGAAUUUAAACACUGGUUGCCAUGGUGUUGACUGACACAGGUAGACUUCAUUCCUAAUGUUGCAGUUCAUGCAAAGUGAGGUGCAGGUACAGCACCUGAUUGACCAGCAUUCCGCAACACUGUUGCUGCUUUCCCCGCAGCCACAAGUGUUGCUUAAAAUGUCAAAACAAGCCUGUCAAACUUUCCUGUAUUUUAGUAUCACAAACAUCUUCUCGAACACAUGAUUUACGGUUUGUCUCUCAUGACUGAACAAAGGAGAUGUAAUCUUUUCCAGUUUUCCCAUCUCCUAUUAUCAGCCGUUUUCAUCAGCUUGUGCAACGUCUUAAAGGUGACAUGCUGAACGAAACGAUUGUUACAAAAGAUUCAUGUGAUGAAAGAAAAAAAGAGUCAAUCAACAUCUUAGGAUAAAGGCCGCUACUAAAAAGGGAUUCCUGCCAGAAACAUCCCCACAUUUUGAAAUGAAAAUGAAAGCAAGCUUCUGGUGAAAGAGUUGGGAUCAUUAGGAAAAUCAGUGCAUAUCCGUCAGAGGAAAAACAAAGGGUCGGCACCAUUUCAGCAAAUUAAUAAGUGAUCCCUUUGGACUCAUAAGCUCAACAUGUCCAAACAAUGGGCACCUAAUUUCAAAACGACGAGUGCGGCUGAUAGUUACGUAACAGAAACUCUCUUAUCGAAAUAAACACCAGACAAGCUCUCUGUCAUUAUGUUUCUCUAGGCUGUAGAGUUACACUGCUGCAGAAAUUAGGCUGGACGUUAUGAGGUUGGCUUUUUGGUUCUGUCUUUAAAACAGAAAACCAGCUAGCUUUAAGGGAAAGCUGCAUAGAGACACUUAAGGAAGCAAUGUUCUUCUGUUGCUCCUCAAGUAGUCAUUGGUUUGCCGAUAAGUAACAAAGGCUGCAUUUCAGUGAAGAACUUAAUUGUGAAAAUAGGAUUACAAAACAUGACUGUGAAUCAAAAUGCUAACGCUUUUGGCCAGUGACUGCUGGAGAUUGGCACCAGCUCUGAGGAAACACCACAAGGAUGGGCAGUAAAGGAAACAGGAGUUCAGCGAUAUGUUACGGCUCUUUGUGUAGCAGCGACGGGGUGGGAGGAGAGGAGCAGCAGAAGGCGGAGGAGGACACACUGACAGGACGCUCUGAGUUCAUCCGCACCCCAUUCUCCCGCUCAUUCCCCAACCGCUCAGCUCUCUUUUGUCGUCUCAACUACAAACUGUCCAACUCCUUCCACACAUUCACCAUCAGGAGACGCCACACUGAAAAAGGACCUGGGAUAUAUAUGCUAAUUUUAUGAGACACCAAGCAAGGCACUGACAGCAGAGGAAGACAUAUUGAGGGUAACCUGGCUUCACAACUCAAUGGAGCGAUGCAGCGUUGACAGGCACUGAUGUGACCACAGGACUUAAGGGUUGUUGCAGGACCUAAAGGAGAGCACUUCACCAGAACAGAGUAAAAGAAUUUGGCUAACCCAAUGGAAGACCAAGAGGAGGACUUAUCUACUGGAUUUGGGCCACUCUUUAUCAGAGAAGAACAGGGGGAUACAGAUGGAAGCAUCGUGGAACAGAGUGAUGGUAAGCAAAACCCCAAAGGGCAAAACUUCACUGGAAAACCGGGUAACCAGCCAAUGCCGUACCUACAGGAAAUGGACGUCUUACUGAAAAGUUGUGAAAAGCUUACAGGUAUUCCUUUUAGAUCACGCCACAUUGAGGGUUACUCCGAAGCAAGUCUGAGUAAGUCCAGUUGGAAUCGAGGCAAAGAGGAGAUCCGAACAGAAACCCAUGUCGAAGCAAGCAGUUCUCCUCAAGAUAGCAGUUCCUCCUGCUACAUUGACACACAUAUGGACCAGACUGAAACAAAAGCCGAACGGGCAGAAAUCCAAAACUUAGGCACAAUAAUCCACAGGCAUGGGACGUCUUAUCACUCAGAGAUGCCUCUAUCCUCAGUUGGCAACAACCUGAGUGCCAGCAUGUUGGAGUGUGAGGGCCAGCUGUUGGGGAUCUUGGCCAUGCUUGAAAGUUGCAUGGAGGAGGCUGGCAUGGAGUUUGAGCCACAAGAUCGGGCAGCAGACGCAGGCCAAGACUAUGUGCACAUCAGAAAGGAUCCACAACAUCCUACUGGUACAGCCCAGACCGAGGAUCAGCCAGAGAGCCAAACACUGUUGCCAGUGAAUGCUGAUUCUUUUGGCAAAGGCAAUAAUGCUUCAGAGGCUGGUGAGAUUGGAGAAGCAAUAAAUUCAGCAAGAAAAGGAAGCCCACAUGAUCAUUUGGUUGAUUGCUCAAAGGAGAGACCAGAGAGGCAAAGUAAUCUUGUAGUAGAUCAGAGGCCUGACUUCUUGUUUUCAGAUCUGCAAGUGCCUCUGGAGCAAGCAAACCAAGAUCCAAAGGUCUGUGGGGAAACAAGCACUGGACAAAGGUUCAAUGAAGAGAUUGAGACUAUAGAAGACAUUGCCAAAGCAGGAAUAGAUGACAACACGACUGAAGAGAGACAUAAAACUGAUCUUGAGUCGGACAUGAAUAGAUUGAGGUCUCAGAUGGAGGACUGCAUAGAGGAGGUGCAGCGGUUGGAGAAACGGAGGAAGGAGUUACUGUUGGAGGUGCUGCUGCUGAGAGGGCCCAGAGACAAAGAGGAUGUGGAAAGGGGAAGUAGGGACGAAGAGGAGACCGAGGAGUCGAUUGACAGAAAAGCUGUGGAGCUGUUCACUAUUCUCAGGGCAGAAGAGGAGGGAAGGCGAGAUGAGAGAAAAAGGGAGAUUCAAGGCCUCAGGGAAGAGAGGGCAGAGGAAGAGAGGAAGACAUGGAAGGUGAAUCUGGAGAGACAGGGACUGCAAGACGAACUCAGGAGGCUGAGGAGGAAGCUGUUUACUGUGGCAAGGGACUGUGCCCAGAGUCAGGCAACACUAAACAAUCAGCGCUGUGAUGUGGAGUUACUGAAGACGGAGGAGGAAAAGUUGAACUCUUUGGUGUUGCAGCUGACAGAGGAGACUUGUCAACUCAGAUCAGACCAGCAGGAACAAGUGUUGGAGCUAGAAGCAGAGCUUCAGCGCAGAAGCUCCGGACAGACCUCCAACCCUCAGGAGGACCUGACUGAGUGCAGGAGGAAUUCCUGUGAGGACGUCCAGCAGUACGUCCAGGGUGGGCUGAAAGCACUGGAAGACAGAUACGAGCCCAUUUUGGAGGCACUGCUGAAGAGAAAAGAGGCAGCGGCUGGUGCCCUGGUGAAAGCCAAAGAGCAGUCCCAGGAGCUGAGGGUCCAGGCCAAACCUCUGAGGGAGGAGAUUCAGAAACUGGAGCUGGAGAGGACCUGUUUGGAGGAGAGACUCAAACUGACCGACAUGCAGAGGCAGGAGGAUGCAGGUCGCCACAAGGAAGCUGUGCGUUUUCUGGAGGAGAGAAUCCGAGAGCUGAGGACAGAGCUGGAGAUUCAGAAGAGAAAAACAAAGGACCUGGAGGAGUUGAGAGAAAACCUCACCAAGCAGCUCCUGCUUUACAGGACACCAACCGAGGUCCACCACAGCUGUGAUCAGCAAGGAAGAACAUGAUCAUGCUUUUCUUUUUGGUUGGAAAACAGCCUUGUCAUUUGUGUUGUGAUUUUGAAUUUGCAAAAGAGAGUGAGCUUCAUAGAUUUCAAGUACGCACUUUACCCAAAUUGUUUGCCUGUAAAGUAGGACGCGCCAUGCAGGAAGGUUUCUGUUUCGAAUAAAGGCCUGGUGUUUCUAA